UGUACAUGUGUGUGUGUGCUUUUUUGUUGUUGUGGCCGCGCUUGCUCGGUUUCCGCUGUUGUUGUUCUUGUUGCUGCCCGUACCGCCCGCCCGCAAAUCGUAAUCCGCUUUGGCCUCGCUCUCGGCGGCGAAGGGAGAAGCGCCCCAGCCAGCAAUUACAACCCCUCCUCCAUCCGAAAACAGUUGUAAAAACCAGUUUUGUUUGUCCAGAAAGUGUAGUGUAUUGUUUUUUGCCAGCGGUUUCUUCUUUUUGGUUCAUUCCCAUUUUCUUGCUCCUCCAAUGUAUGAUGCUUGAUGUAACCGAACGGUAAGGCACACGGUCGUGUUGUUCCGUUGUGUUGCGCGCGUAGCAAGUCUCUCUCUGUGUGUGUGUGUGUGUGUGUGUGUGCGUUUGCGUGUGUGUGUGUGUGCUUUCGGUAGGAAAACGAAAGAAAAUCCGGAGCCUCCCGCUCCACCACGGGUUGCCACAAUCAAUCGUCCUCAAGCCGCUCCUGUUGCUCGUCCGGACCGUCACCUGCCCCAUCCGCCUGCCAGCGGCCUAUCCUGACGUGUGGGUUUUGGACGCUUCGGCAGCAGGCCUAGGGAUAAGUGACACUCCAAGAAGGCACGCCGCACGAUGGGACACACGGUGCAGGUGGCAGUGGCCACCCUCAACCAGUGGGCGAUGGACUUUGAGGGGAACGUCGAGCGCAUCCUGCUAUCGAUCAGGCUGGCCGCCGCAAAUGGCGCCACCUACCGUACGGGGCCGGAACUGGAGGUUAGUGGGUACAGCUGCGAGGACCACUUCCACGAGCCGGACACGUACAUGCACUGCUGGGAGGCGCUGGUCGAGAUCAUACAGUCGCCCUGCUGCCCGCCCGGUAUGCUGAUCGACGUGGGCAUGCCGGUGCAGCACCGCAACGUGGCGUACAACUGUCGCGUCGCGUUCCACAACGGGCGCGUCGUGCUGAUCCGGCCGAAGAUGACGAUGUGCGACGAUGGCAACUAUCGCGAGACGCGCUGGUUCUCGCCGUGGACGAAGGAGCGCCAGACGGAGGAGUACCAGCUGCCGCGGUUCGCCGCGCAGGCGCUGGGACAGGAGACGGUACCGAUCGGCGAUGCGGUGAUCGCAACGCUCGACACCUGCCUCGGGUACGAGAUCUGCGAGGAGCUGUGGAACCCGCGCAGCAAGCACAUCGACAUGUCGCUCGCCGGCGUCGAGAUCAUCGUGAACGGCUCGGGCAGCUACAUGCAGCUGAGGAAGGCGCACAUCACGGCGGAUCUGAUACGGAACGCGAGCUACAAGGCGGGCGGCGCCUACCUGUUCAGCAACAUGCGCGGCUGCGACGGGCAGCGGGUGUACUUUAACGGCUGCUCGGCGAUAGCGCUGAACGGGUCGAUCAUUGCCCGCGGCCGGCAGUUCGCGCUGAGCGAGGUGGAGGUGACGGUGGGCUCGUUCGAUCUGCACGACAUCCGGGCGUACCGGGGGGCGCUGCGCUCCCGCAGCUCGGUCGCCGCCUCGGCCCCGGCCUACCCGCGCAUCCAGCUGCAGCUCGAGCUGGCCGCGUCGGACCGGGACCAUCCGGGGACGCCGGCGAGCAGCCCGCUCGGCGAGUGGGUGUACCACCGGCCGGAGGAGGAGAUCGCGCUCGGGCCGGCCUGCUGGCUGUGGGACUAUCUGCGCCGGUCGGGGCAGGGCGGCUUCUUCCUGCCGCUCAGCGGCGGCGUCGACUCGAGCAGCACCGCCAUCAUCGUGCACUCGAUGUGCCGGCUGGUGGUGGAAGCGAUCGGGCAGGGCGACCGGCAGGUGCGGGACGACUGCCGCAAGAUACUGGCCGAUCCGGAGUACGUGCCGGCGAGCGCGGCCGAGCUGUGCGGCCGGCUGCUCUUCACCUGCUACAUGGGCACGGAGAACUCGAGCCGCGAGACGCGCCAGCGGGCGGCCGCGCUGGCGGCGCAGAUCGGCAGCUCCCACCAGGACAUUGGCAUCGACGGGGCGGUGAGCGCGCUGCUCGGCAUCUUCCAGCUGGCGACGGGCAUGCGGCCCCGCUUCCGGGCGGCCGGCGGCUGCCCCCGCCAGAACCUGGCCCUGCAGAACAUCCAGGCCCGGACGCGCAUGGUGCUGGCGUACCUGUUCGCGCAGCUGAUGCUGUGGGUGAGACAGCGGCCGGGCGGUCUGCUCGUGCUCGGGUCGGCCAACGUGGACGAGGCGCUGCGGGGGUACAUGACCAAGUACGACUGCUCGUCGGCGGACGUCAACCCGAUCGGCGGCAUCUCCAAGAUGGAUCUGCGCCGCUUCCUCGCCUACGCGCAGGUCGAGUUCGGGCUGCCGAUCGUGGCGGAGAUAGUGGCGGCCCCGCCGACCGCCGAGCUGGAGCCGCUCGUCGACGGUGCGAUCGCCCAGACGGACGAGGAGGACAUGGGGCUCACCUACCAGGAGCUGAGCGAGUUCGGUCGGCUGCGCAAGCAGGCGUUCUGCGGCCCGUUCAGCAUGUUCUGCAAGCUGGCGGCGGCGGCCGUUGCCGACGGCAACCGUAACCCGAGGGAGGUGGCCGACCGGGUGAAGCACUUCUUCCGCUGCUACGCGAUCAACCGGCACAAGAUGACGGUGCUGACGCCCUCGUACCACGCGGAGUCGUACAGCCCGGACGACAACCGGUUCGAUCACCGGCCGUUCCUGUACCGGGCGAACUGGACCUGGCAGUUCCGGGCGAUCGAUGCCGAGCUGGAGCUGCUCGCCAAGCAUCAGGCCCGGCAGGAGGAGGAGCGGGCGAAGGAGGGCGCAUCAGCGGUCGGAGGUGUGGCGCCCAACGGGGCCGGCAGCAGCAGCGAGCCAGCGUUCUUCUCCGCCGGUGGCAAUGGGGGGAAUGGGGGCGGUAGCCACAUGACCACGGCGACGAGCGCGUACCAGCUCGUGCGGCAAUCCAGUGGCCUCUAUCUGACCGGUGUUGGUGGUGGUGGUGGGGUCGGCACGGGCGGUGCCGACGGUCCCGGCCAGCUCACCGUCGGUCUGACCAAGUCGCACAGCAGCGGCGGCUACAGCCGGAUGCAUUCCAGCGUGCUGGGCAAGAUCAAGGACCGUACCGGUGUGCCUGUGUAAAAGGGAAGGGAGAAGGAGGAAAUGCUGCUACACCCACGCGAAAUCACAUCCAACAGACAAACAAACGAACGAACAUAAACACGACGCCCCCUUCCAUCUCUUA